CUAAGUCAAAGUUUCCUUCAGCAACUAUAGUUAUCUGCCUAUUGGAAACUCUCAUCAUCGAUCUCGAACCUUUUUUUUUCAGUAACGCAAGAGAAGCAAUCUGCAGCAUGCGAUCUACCCAUAAUUAUUAAGCAAGAACAAAGACUCUACUACUUCUCUACAAAAUGAGUAGAGAUGCUCUCUCCAGUCAUAUUAAGGCUAUUGACAGAAAGCUAGCUGGCUUGACUCCAAUUAAUUCUGAAGAGCGUUGUAUGUUUAAAGUGCAUGAGCAAUUACGUAAGGUAAAUGAGAAGGCUUACAAACCCAUGUUGCUUGCUAUCGGUCCUUACAACUACCAUGGCAAGGUUGGCCAGGGUCUUAUGGAAGAGCAUAAACUGCGGUAUUUGAAGCAAAUGCUUGAAAGGAAAAAUGAAAGCAGUGUGAUGCUACUUGAUGGGUGUUUCAUCAUUGAGCUUUUCCGAAAAGAUAUGGAGUGGACGCUAAGGGAUGAGCACGAUCCAAUCUUCCAAUUGAGCUGGAUACUUCCUAAAGUAGCUCGCGAUCUACUGUUAUUUGAAAAUCAACUUCCAUUUUUCGUUUUGACUAAAUUGUUCAUGAUGAUUGAGAGUAGCCAGACACCACUCCCCAACCACUCCGGACAUUUAGGAGAACACACCAUCAAUAUUGAGCAGAACAAUGAAAUACGACUUGUUGAUCUAGCCAUUUCUUUUUUCUCUUGGUCACCACCAUUAAAAGGUUGGGAUAUCGAAGGAGCAAGCUCUUAUUCAGCCGAAAAGCCAUUUCGACUCUGUCGGAUGCAUAAAGCUAUCACUCCUCCACUCGCAAAAAUACUACACGAGCAUCUAAAGGUUGGAGACAUAUUCAAGAACGCAGAUUUUAAGCAUCUACUUGAUCUAAUACAUACAAUGAUCAAGCUUUCAGUACUUGAUAUGGAACUAGAUCGUGCCAUAGAACGUCAAGAGGUUGGAGUCAAAUUCAAGAAGGGAGAGAAAUUUAAGCAUUUGUUUGGCCUGAUAUGUAGAGUUGCAAGUCCUUUACUUGCAAAAUUAGAAAAUAUAAAGAAGGGUGGUAAGAAAAAGUCUUCACGUCAUGCCAUAGAGCUACAACAAAACUCUAGAUUUGAAUCCAACAUGGCAGAGAAUUCUCAGCAUCCAGAUGAUGAUCUGAAUAAUUGGAUUGAAGACUGGAACUCAAUACCGCAUGGAACGAAGCUUCAUGACGCUGGAGUCAAAUUCGAGAUGGCAGAGAAAUUUAAGAAUAAAUUUGAGGAGAAUGAAUGCUGGAAAUCAAUACCUGAUGGCAUUGCAUUUCAAGAGGCUGGAAUUGAACUCGAGAAGGCAGAUAAAUUUAGGGAGCUAGUUUGUCAAGAAAGGCCAAAUGAAGACGGCAAGUCAAAACUUUGUGGAGCCAAAUUCAAGAUGAUAGAGAAAUGUAUGCGCCUACCUUUUCUUAAUAAGAUUGAAUACUGGAACUCAAUUCCUGAAGGCAGAGAGCUUAAAGAGGCUGGAGUCGAAUUCAAGAAGGCAAAAAAAUUUAGGGAUACAAAAGAUAUGAUAAAGUCAAUACCUAAUGCAACAGAGCUUAAAGAGAGUGGAGUCAAAUUCAAGAAGGCAAAGCAACGUACCACGUUUGCCAUUCAGUUUAGUAAUGGGGUAUUGGAAAUUUCGCCUUUGAGAAUAGAAGAUGAAACUGAAACUGUUUUGAGAAAUCUAAUUGCAUUUGAGCAAUAUAGUCCAUACAAUGAUUCGAGUUACGUCACCGACUAUAUGUGCUUCUUGGAUGAUCUCAUUGACUCUCCAAAAGAUGUUGAAUUACUCCGUCGGAAAGGAAUCAUUGCAAAUUGGUUGGGUGAUGAGAAAGUUGCUUCCACCAUGGUUAACAAGCUUGGCCACCAUGUCACCAUUUCAACCAGGAACUCCAUUUAUGCUAAAACUUCCAUUGAUAUGAACAGGCAUUGCACCAAACGCUGGAAUGAAAGGAAGGCAAAAUUGAGGCACAAUUAUUUCCAUAGUCCUUGGGCAUUACUUUCAGUUUUGGCGGCUAUCUUAUUGCUCGGACUUGCAAUUACACAAACUGUGUUUUCUAUUAUUAAUUAGGUUUUCAUGUAGUGUCUUAAUCUUAUUGUUCUCUUAGUUAAUGUAAUAUAAUGUUGAGUUUAAUAAUUUUUUAGAAAUUAAAUGAGUUAUGUGGGUCCUCACCAAGUCUUUUGUUUGAGCUACAAAUAAUCUUUUAUU